CAUGUGAUGCUGUGAUCUUUGGGGUACCCGUCAGGGGAAGGGGCAGAAGGCGGGCUGGGAGAGGCAGUCUUUGAAGACAAGGCCAUGUUCAGCCUGAAGAUGCUCCCACUUCUGCUCCUCCUCCACGUGCAGCUUUCCAGGGCCUUCCCAGUGUCUUCUGCAUCCCCAGAAGAGAAAAAUAGAAACAUUGUUCAGAAUUACCUAGAGAAGUUCUACCAAUUGCCAAGGUACAAAUAUAAAUCUGAAAGGAAGAGCAAAACUAAUGUGAUUGUUGAGACACUUAAAAGAAUGCAGCGAUUCUUCGGGCUGAAUGAGACAGGGAAGCCAGAUGAGGAAACCUUGGAGAUGAUGAGAAAGCCUCGCUGUGGAGUGCCCGACUCAGGGGGCUUUAUGAGAACCCCAGGAAACCCCAAGUGGGAAAAAAAUCAGCUGACCUACAGGAUUGUGAACUAUACCCCAAACUUGACAAGGACGGAUAUAGAAGCACUUAUUGAGGAAGCCUUUAAAGUCUGGAGUGACGUGUCACCCCUGACCUUCAACAGGACCUUGGACAAAGAAGCGGACAUCCAGAUUUCUUUUGCCCAAAAAGAUCAUGGGGACAAUUCCCCAUUUGAUGGACCCAAUGGAAUUCUUGCCCAUGCCUUUCAGCCAGGCCCGGGUAUUGGAGGAGAUGUUCAUUUUGACGCAGAAGAAACAUGGACCAAAACCCGUGAAAAUUACAACUUGUUUCCUGUUGCUGCCCAUGAAUUUGGCCAUUCCUUAGGGCUGGCUCACUCCUCUGAUCCUGGGGCCCUGAUGUAUCCCAACUACGCUUUCAAUGACCCCAGCACCUACUCACUGCAUCAAGAUGACAUCAAUGGCAUCCAGGCCAUCUACGGACCCUCAAGCAACCCUGUCCAACCUACUGGACCAACCACCCCCACAGCCUGCGACCCCAGACUGACGUUUGACGCUGUCACCACACUCCGUGGAGAAAUACUCUUCUUCAAAGACAAGUACGUCUGGAGGAAGCACCGUCGGCUACGAAUGAUCGAAUUCAAUUUCAUUUCUCUCUACUGGCCUUCCCUGCCAAACGGCAUACAGGCUGCUUAUGAGGAUUUUGACAGGGACCUGAUUUUCGUAUUCAAAGGCACGCAGUAUUGGGCUCUGAGUGGCUAUGACACUCAGCAAGGUUAUCCCAAGCAUAUAUCAAACUAUGGCUUCCCAAGCAGUGUCCAGGCAAUUGAUGCAGCUGUUUCCUACAGGAGAAAAACGUACUUCUUUGUAAAUGACCAAUUCUGGAGAUAUGAUGACCAAAGUCAAUCUAUGGAACCAGGCUAUCCCCAAAGCAUACAAAGCUUUUUUCGAGGAAUAAAAAGUAGAGUUGAUGCAGUUUUCCAGGAGAAUUCCUUCUUCCUUUUCUUCAGUGGACCAAAAUAUCAUGCAUUUGAUUUUCAUGCUCGUAGAGUUACUAGAAUCAACAGAAGCAAUAUAUGGCUUGACUGUAGAUACAGUUGAAGCAAAAUUAAAUGUGAUUGUAUCCAUUUUCUGAAUAUGGAAGGGAAGUUUAAUUUGCACAUCUAUUACACUGUGUCCUAUUUAUAUUUUCUGAAUAACAAAUAAUGUUGUUUGCUAUCACUGUAUUCAUUGGACCUGUCCUCAGUGAAAUUACAUUUGGAGUAUCCACUGUUUGCAGAGGUUGAUUUGGUUCUCAUACAUUCCAUCUCAUCUUAGUGAAUCCAUCACAAGAAGGAGAUUAAGUCCUCUUUGCCACCUCAAUCAAUAUUCAUUAUUUCCUUAACUUGUUUUUUUGACUUUUAAAAUGCCCAUUUAUUCUUAAGUCUUUUAAAUAUGUCUUAAGUAUACCUGAUACAUGUAAUUUAGCACUGUGUUUUGGUUAGAAGUAAGGAUUAUGACCACAGAGAAGGAAAUGGUAACCCACUCCAAUAUCCUUGCCUGGAAAAUCCCAUGGACAGAGGAGCCUGGCCAGCUAUAGUCCAUGGGGUCGCAAAGAGUAGGACACAACUCUUUGAGUGAAUAAACAAGUGUUAUGAACAACAUAAGCAGUACACAUUGCCUUGACCAAAAAUGUGAUGCUAUUUUCCACUCUUGGAAGGAAAUAUUGUUGAUACCUGUUGUGGAUUGAAUUGUAUCCCCCCAAAAAUGGUAUAUUGAAGCCCUCACCCCAAGUACCUAUAGAACUAGCAUCUCUGUUGAUGUAAUUAGUUAAUAUGAGGUUAUUCUAGAUUAGGGCAGGCCUAAAAACUGAUGUUUUUAUAAGAAGAGCAGACCCUAGAUACCCAGUUGAGAAGGCUUUGUGAAGAUGGAGCAGAGUGGGAAUGAUGCAUCUACGUGCCAAGGCUUGACGGCAACCACCGGAAGCUGGGAAGAGGCAAGGAAAGAUCCAUCCUAGAGCCUUCAGAGAGAAGGACAUGACCCUCCUGACUCCUUGAUUUUGAUUUGUAGCUUCCAGACUGUGAUAAAAAAAAGUAUUUUCUCUUGUUUUAAGCUACCAAGUUUGUGAUACUUAGUUACAGCAGCUCUGGGAAGCUGAAACAGUACAGCUGCACUUAAAGAAAUGAAUCAGUACAGAAAGACAGAAUUGAAACCCCAGUAAAGAUGAUUGGUAUCUUCCCAGGGAAGCAGCAAAAAGGAGGGGUACCACCUCCUCUCCUGCCUCCUCCUUGGCUUCUAGAGUCUGAGCAAAUGGGCUAGUUAGAUCUGUUGUUCUUUAUUUCUGUUUUCCCUGAGCUCCUCAAAAGGACACCCUCUACAGAAAACUAGGGUUUGCCACACAAACAGAACUGUGCUGGGCACAAAAUUCAGUAACUCUUAUUUAAUUGAAUUAAACUGAGAUGAGAUGCAUAAAUUUGCUAAUGGAUUGAUUUUCUAUUAAGAACUUUAAGAUUCAUGGGAUCAUAACGGUUAGUCCAGACAUUAAAAUCAUUAUAAUAUCCAGGGAGCUCAGGCUGGUGCUCUGUGAUGACCUGGAGGAGUAGAAUGGGGCGGGGGAGGGAGACUCAAGAGGGAGGGGACGUGUAUAUAAUUAUGGCUGAUUCAUGUUGACAUACAGCAGAGACCACCAUAGCACUGUAAGGAAAUUAUCCUCCAAUUAAAAAAUCAUUAUAAUAAAUUGGCAGCUAAUAAGCUGCAUGUUAUGUAAUAACAUAAUAAAUAUGUGAACUAUAAAAUAUGUUUAACACUAUCAUAUACUUUGUUCUUUUUCUGUUAAAAUUUUUAAGCCCUGCAGAUGAUUAAUUUAGUAUAAUUUGAUACUUAAUUUUGGUUCAAAAUUUAUCUAUUAAGUGAGUUCAAAAUAAAUAUUUUAAAUGAC